AUGUAUUACAUGCGGAAGUUACUAUUUAGCGCCAAGUCUUGAGUUGGAAACAAAUGACAGCCAUGGAUAUCUCUCGCAAAAUAAAGACAAAAGUUUCGUCCGGCUUCAAAAUGCGGGGACUUAUCCCACGACCUGAAGCCUGUAAAUACCUGGUUGAGGUGCUUGAGUCUGUCAAUGCCUCUGAACUGGAUGACAUCAUUGAAAGGGUCCUGGAUGCAGUGGAGAAGCAACCAUUGACCUCCAGCAUGAUAGAGCUGUCUGUGGUGGAAAGUGCUGUGCAGGAUUGCACCCAGUCUUGUGAUGAGACCAUGGAUAAUGUUUUCAACAUCAUUGGAGCCUAUGAUGUACCUCGAUACAUUUACAGUGUGGAGCGGAAGAAAUUUGUACCUAUUAGUAUGACAAACCAUCCAGCCUCCAGCCUGUGUGGUUUAGCCAGAGACAAAGCUGAAUUCUUCAGGGAGCGCUACACCAUCUUACAACAGCGCACACAUCGUCAUGAGCUCUUUACACCACCUGCGAUAGGAGCUGCUGUUGAUGAGGGUCAGAACAAAUUUCAGCUUAAAACAAUCGAAGCACUACUGGGGAGCACUGCCAAACUGGGAGAGGUGAUUGUAUUGGGGAUGGUCACACAAAUGAAAGAGGGUAAAUAUUACCUGGAGGACCCGAGUGGAACAGUACAGCUGGAUAUGUCCAAAGCACAGUUUCACAAUGGCCUGUAUACAGAAUCCUGCUUCGUACUGGCAGAGGGUUGGUACGAGGACUCAGUUUUCCAUGUCAACGGCUUUGGAUUUCCACCAACAGAACCAUCAUCUGGCACAAGGGCUUACUAUGGCGAUAUCAAUUUUUUUGGUGGUCCAUCCACAACGUCAGUUAAAGCCUCAGCCAAGCUGAAGCAGUUGGAGGAGGAGAAUGAAGACGCCAUGUUUAUUAUUGUUUCUGAUGUAUGGCUGGACAACGUUGAUGUGAUGGACAAGCUGAACCUCAUGUUCUCAGGCUAUGCUUCAAUGCCUCCCACAUGUUUCAUUUUCUGUGGUAACUUCUCCUCUGCCCCCUAUGGAAAAGCACAAAUCAAAUCCCUCAAAGAGUCGUUGAAGGCUCUUGCUGAUGCAAUAUGUGCAUACCCAAGCAUUCACAGCAGUAGUCGCUUUGUGUUUGUUCCUGGCCCUGAAGACCCUGGUCCAGGCACCAUCCUACCACGGCCUCCCUUGGCUGAUCACAUCACAGAGGAGUUCAGACAGAGGGUCCCGUUUUCUGUGUUCACUACCAACCCAUGCAGGAUCCAGUACUGCAGCCAGGAGAUCAUCAUUAUCAGGGAAGACCUCGUCAACAAGAUGUGCAGAAACUGUGUUAGGUUACCCAAUAACAAUCUCGACAUUCCAAACCAUUUUGUGAAGACCAUCCUGUCUCAGGGUCACCUGACGCCACUGCCUCUCUACGUCAGUCCUGUGUUCUGGGCAUACGACUACUCCAUGCGUGUCUACCCGGUCCCCGAUGUCAUUGUCUUUGCGGACAAAUAUGACCCAUUCAGCAUCACAAACACAGACUGCCUUUGUGUCAACCCGGGCUCAUUCCCCAAAAGUGGCUUCACAUUUAAGGUGUACUACCCAUCCAACAGAACAGUUGAGGACAGCAAACUUCAAGGACUCUAAAAGAAAUCAUGGAUGAAGAAUGACUAAGUUUUGCCUUUGUAUGAUAGUGUAUACAUGAAAAAGGAUUUGUAAACCAACAAUGCUGAAGUGUUUUAUUUUGUAUAUGUUUUUAUCUAAGUUCUGUCUUGAGUAAUAAAGUUUUUAAUCUUUACA